AUGCUCCUCAAGGUAACAAGAUUGGCAACAUUGAACCCUUCAUCUUUUGCCUACUAUGCCCCCUAUGAGACGCAAGAAAGUGAUGAUAACCCUACAAAAUGGAAUUUAGAUUCUCUUCUAUCUGCAAUAAACAAAAUUAUGGUCAUUGCUCCAAAUGUCCCUCGAGAACAUUGCCAACCUAGAAUCCACGGCAAGGAGGAGGCCACUAUUGUGAGUGGAUGGAACCUUUGGAUUGAUUCAGACCCAUCUGCCAGGUAUCAGUAUCGUCAGGGUAUCUAUCGAGACGGACACCCUCAUCCAAAGCUCUCAAUUCUUGGAUGCCAGAUUCAUUAUGAAUCUUUAGCUCAGGCGAAGGAAGACUGGAAUUUCUAUUGCGAACGUGACCACAAGUUAGUUGGCAAUUCAAUUCACAUCUGUCUUUCCCAAGAGGCACAGCAAAAAUCGAGAAGGCUAGCAGAAUUGGCCCGCAUUCGCCUACUCAGGCAAGAACUUCAAGCGUUGUUUCCCAAGGAGUUCAUUCACGGGGAAGGACCCUUACCGAGUCUCAACAAUCAUGCCAAUUUUCUCCAGAGGGGAGUGCAUAAAUCGGCCCUCACCAUGGGAGAUUGGUCACUAUUUGUGGUUUACGAGGAUGGAGUGGCAGAACGUACAUCCCUACAUGCAGCGAUUAUUUGUGCACAAGAUCAAGUUAGGAAGGGGAAGGUUGUUAUAGCAUUUGCCCAGUCAUCCUUUGCAGCGCAGCAACUGUAUGUGACACUCACUGGCAGCAUCUCACUUGAAGAACAAGAGCAAAACGCACAUGAGGAGGAUGACAGGUUGGAUGAGGUCCGAUCACUGGAUUCUGUCGAGCUCGAACAUUCUUAUGGUUCGUUGGUUGAUUCAGAUCGUACUUAUUAA